AUGAAGACUUUGGAGGAUCAGGCCGAGGUUGUCAUCAAAGCUCAAAACGACGCCGAAGAAAAGGUAGACUCUGCUGAGGCCAUCAAAAAGCUUGAAGUCCCCGAGGACUCGCCGCUCAAGAAUGCCGACGCCAUUCCUCUUCCAUUCCCUCCAGCUCCAACUCAUUCCGAUGACGACUCUGAAUCUGAGGAGGAGGUUUUGGUGCGGAAGUCGAAAGACGCUACUGGAGCCAAGUCUCCUUUUCUGAAUGAUCAAUCUAAAUUCUGCUUAGUUGAGUACUUUGCUCAAUAUGGUUCAUCUGGAUUCAUUGCACAGCUGAAUGAGGGCAGACACCUUAAGAAGAGGCCAACUGAGUUUCAUGUUGAUAAGGUCCUACAGCCCUUUGAUGGGAACAAAUUCAACUUCACUAAAGUUGGACAGGAAGAGGUGCUUUUCCAGUUUGAAGCAAGUGAUGAAGACAAUGAAACCCAGUUCUUCCCAAAUGCACCCAUCGAUGUUGAGAAUUCUCCAAGUGUCGUGGCCAUCAAUGUUAGUCCUAUUGAGUAUGGUCAUGUACUUUUGAUCCCUUGGAUUCUUGAAUGCCUGCCUCGGAGGAUCGACAGGGUGAGUUUCUUGCUUGCUCUUUACAUGGCAGCAGAAGCUGGAAACCCGUACUUCAGAUUGGGUUACAACAGCUUGGGUGCAUUUGCUACAAUCAACCACCUUCAUUUCCAGGAGAUAAUGCACGAUCCUCAGGUGGCAGCCGAUGGAUUCACCUACGAAGGAGAUGCUCUGCGUGGAUGGUUGGAAAAUGGCCGAGAAACUUCCCCGAUGACCAAUUUGAGACUGGAUCACUUGCAUUUCACUCCCAACCAUGCACUGAGACUUGCUAUUCAAGAUUGGCUUUGCAAAGUUUAACAUACCAUUCGUAUACAUUCAGUCUAUGUCAUAAUGUAUAUUUGUAGAGUCUUCUUGUAUUUGGAGAAAAAAAAACCCUUUUGCCAUUGUAUUUGGAUAACUAUUGAAAUAUUCUGUCUAAAGAGGACUGGGAGAAACAACAGGCUAAAGAGGUAGAGCAUUGCAUUGGCUUCUGUAUGCCAGUUGUAUCAAAAUCUUGUAUUGGUAUCACGAACUUUUUUUUAUGUAUUUUAUUUUAUUUGUAUGUUAA